AUGUCUCCCAUCCAGAGCAAGCUCGCCACCUACGAACUCCCCCUUCGUGUAGCGACUCUUCUCACAACCGCCCUUGCACUACCCCUUCUCAUCGCCACAACAAUCGUAUCGCUUCACAGUUACUCCUGGUACUACCACCGUCCCGUGACAGCCUUUUGCUUCGGAUUCAUCCCGCUCGCCCUCACCGCUUUUGCAUCAGCCAGAAGCCUCAUACACCAAAGGAGACAUGGACGUAUGCCACAAGAAAGCUUCAAGCUCGUCGAUGGCGUGGCAAGCAUUGCGUACUUGAGUAUCCUGACUGCUAUUUGGGCAGUUGAAAUUGGAAAAUUGGAAAGGCCGGGAUUUGGGCUCUUGGCUGGGUACACAACUGCGCCUAUGAUUGUCAAUAUGUUCGUACACGGUUACAUCUUCGCCUGUAAUGUGCGAUCAGUGGUCGCGCUUUUUGCGGCUCCACAAGUACAUGAGUGCCCCAACUGCCAUAGCAGCUUCACCACUCGCACACCACAGGUUCAGGAGACAAAGCAGAGUGGAGAGGGGUAUAGUUUGUUGCGCGGUGAAGACUAUCUCGAUGUGGAUGGUGAUGCUGAGCACUACACCGAUGGUAGCUCUGGCUCUACGGAUGCGCAGAUGCUACAGCCUGAGAGUGAGUCCAAGGACAAGAGCAAGGACGAGAGCAAGAAGGCCAUUAUCGAUGUCUGA